AUCCGCAAUUAUUCAAUCGUGGCCCGUGAAGCUGCGUUUAACGUGUCGCUCUUUCACCGUCAGACGUUUCGUAGAGCGCGCAGAAGAAGCGGCACAUUCGUAAUCGCGUCGUCGCGCAAUCUCGAAAUCACGGUGUGAGAUCGCAAGAUCAAAGGGGUCAGAACGGCGAAUCUUAGAAAGUCCUCGGUCGUUUUCGGAUCGCUUUCGGAUUUCCGUUCGGUUGCCGGUUGUGGUUUUGAAAAUUUUCCGCGAACACAUCUGUGGCACGUGUGAUUCUCCAACGGUAGGAAGCACAAAUGAAUUUAUAAGAGAGUGGUUCGGUGAACUUUUUAUCGUAUAUCUGUGAUACACCAUGAUGAAGCAAAUGGAUUAAAAGGGGCAAUGGAUACGACGGAAAAUAUCCGGCGAACAUUCGACUCGAUCGAUUUUAUCGUGUUCAUUGGGAUGCUGGGCGUCUCUGCCCUCGUAGGUGUCUAUCAGUGUUAUGCGUCGAGAAAGAAGGCGGAUGCUGUAGCAGAGUACCUUGUAGGCGGCCAAAAGAUGUCUAUACUUCCGAUAAGCAUGUCAUUGAUAGCAAGCUACGUGUCGGGCAUAGCAAUGCUGGGAUUGCCGGCCGAAAUGUACGUUUACGGCACGCAAUUAUGGUGUAUCGUGAUCGCGGAUACUUUCGUGUCUGUGACAAUGGCGAUCGUGUAUCUACCGGUUUUCUAUGGACUCCAGAUUACGUCGUCCUAUGAGUAUCUGGAAUUACGGUUCAAUCGAGUGGUCAGGCUAAUGGGAUCUUGCAUCUUCAUCAUCAAGAUGCUGCUUUACAUACCACUGGUGAUAUACGUGCCGGCGCUAGCCUUCAAUCAGGCGACUGGAAUGGAUCUCUACACAAUCGCGUUGAUGGUCUGCGCCGUGUGUAUCUUCUACACGACACUGGGUGGUUUGAAGGCGGUUGUCUGGACGGACACUAUACAAACGGCGAUAAUGUUCGGCGCCGUUAUCGCCGUCGCCGUACUCGGCACCAAUAGGGUUGGCGGUGUGACGGAGGUGUGGAAAAGAAAUGUCGAUACCGGGAGAAUCGAAUUCUUCAACAUGGAUCUGGAUCCUACGAUAAGGCACACUUUCUGGGGUGUGGUGGUUGGCAAUUAUUUAAAUUGGCUGGCCACGUGCUCGGUGAACCAAGCAAUGGUGCAGCGAUGUCUGGCGAUGCCGAACUUGAAGAAGUCCAAUGUGGCGAUUAUGAUAAUGGCCGUAGGCAUAAUCAGCAUUGUCUCAUUAUGUUGCUACACGGGGAUUGUCAUCUACGCGGCCUUUCAUGAUUGCGACCCGGUCACGACGAAGCAAAUACGAAAGCCUGAUCAAUUGUUACCGUAUUUCGUAAUGGAGCUAUCAGAGUCAAUACCAGGCUUACCAGGAUUAUUUGUUUCCGGUGUCUUCAGCGCGGCAUUGAGCACAAUGUCGACCGGACUGAAUUCCAUGUCGGGCGUGAUCUACGAAGACAUGAUCAAGCCUUGUCUCCGUAAGCCGCUCUCCAAUGUUGGUGCGAGUCGCAUAAUGAAAGCUACGGUUGUGAUAAUAGGAGCCAUUUGCGUGGGUCUCGUAUUUAUGGUAGAAAAAUUAAGCGGUCUGAUUCAAGCUGGUAAAAGUUUGUCGGGAAUAACUGCCGGACCUUUACUCGGAAUGUUCACAUUGGGCAUGCUGUUUCCAAUGGCCAACUCUAUGGGUGCACUCGUCGGUGCGCUGGUUAGUCUGAACUUGGUCGCUUGGAUCUCGUUCGGUACGCAAGCGGCGAUCUCUAACGGAUCGAUUUAUUUCCCGGUGAAACCAGUAUCGGUAGACGGGUGCACGGAAUCGUUAAAAAGCACCGCUGGAAACCUCACGACGAUCGUCGAGACCGCUGUCAGGGAACAACCCUUCUUUUUAUAUAGAAUGUCGUAUCUCUGGUAUACGUGGGUAGGUUUCCUGAUUACGAUUCUAGUGGGCCUGCUGGUCUCGUGGUUCACGGGUCGGUCUAAGUACAGUCACGCAGACAAGAGACUAUUUACACCCAUUAUACACGGUCUUUUACGCUCGAGAGAUCCUCAGAAAGCGAAUGAGGCUGAACUCGCGAAGAGAACGACGUGAAUGAUAUAACGACGCAAACUCCCUCGAAGUGUUAGCCAUCAUUUCUCUUUUCUUUCAACUGCAGCUUAGCUGAGCAAAUGUAUACGAUCGUACAAGUUAAAUUUGUAUUCGUGUAUUUGACUUACAAGGAAACGCCACAAAGUCAAACUCUUCGAUUUGGGUAAAUUUUUGUAAAUACGUAGAGUAACUCACUACAAAUAACUAAAUAACGGUAUCGAUUUUUAAAGGUAUAAUUUUCAUUCUCGGAAGUCGGAAGGGCGCUUUGAUUUUUUACAUAUUUACUCCUAAAUUACAAGAUAUAGCAAAAAUAUUUACGGCUUAUAAAUUGACAUAAAUAGAGAUUAACGAAAAGAAAUUUUUUUCUUAAACAAAUUUGUUUUUGAAUGAAAAAAUUUUU